CUCGCCUAAUGCGUAGAAGCGGCGGAGGCGGAUUCAGCUGUCCUUAAGGCAGCGGCAGGAGGCGGCGGCGCAGCCGGCGGAGUGAGCCUCACGUGGCUCGCCCCAGUGAGGCGGCCGUGAUAACCGUUGGGAAGGCCGGUGCCUGCUUUGUAUGGGGGCCGCGCGGGGGGCAGAGGGCAGAAAAGAAAAUGACUGGAAGAGCUAGAGCUAGAGCGAGAGGAAGAGCUCGUGGCCAGCAAAUUGCUGUACCUCCUGUAGGAGCAGCUUCUGGUCAGCAGCCACCUAGCUAUGUGCAACCUAGACCUUUGCAACCUCAAUCACAGCCGCCAUCAGAGGGAGAAUUUGUUGGCCGUGGACGACAAAGAGGAGCUCCUAAUCUUCCACAAGGACAUGAUAUUUCAGUUGGUUUUCAGGAACUGUCAUUAGCAGAUAGGGGUGGACGUCGCCGAGAUUUCUACGACCUCGGGGUAAAUACUCGGCAAGCCAUAGAACAUGUUAAAGAGUCAAAAACAGGUACUUCAGGUACCACAAUAAGAUUAAGUACGAACCAUUUUCGGUUGACGUCUCGUCCACAAUGGGCUUUAUAUCAAUACCAUAUUGACUAUAAUCCUCAAAUGGAAGCUCGGCGUCUUCGCUCAGCUUUACUCUUUCAGCAUGAAGAACUAAUUGGGAGGACACAUGCAUUUGAUGGAACAAUAUUAUUCUUACCAAAAAAACUAGAAAAUAAGCUUACUGAAGUGUUCAGUCAGACCCGAAAUGGAGAGAAUGUCAAGAUUACUAUCACCUUGACCAAUGAGCUACCACCUACUUCACCUACAUGCUUGCAGUUUUACAACAUUAUUUUUAGAAGGCUUUUGAAAAUAAUGAAUUUGCAGCAAAUUGGACGUAAUUAUUAUAAUCCAAAUGACCCAAUCAGCAUCCCCAGUCACAGGUUGAUGAUUUGGCCAGGCUUCGCUACUUCUAUUCUCCAGUAUGAGACAAACAUCAUGUUGUGUACAGAUGUGAGCCAUAAAGUUCUCCGCAGUGAAACUGUGUGGGAUUUUAUGUACAACCUGUAUAAGCAGGUUGAAGAACAAAGAUUUAGAGAAACUUGUGCUAAGGAACUGAUAGGGCUAAUUGUUCUUACAAAGUAUAACAACAAAACAUACAGAGUUGAUGAUAUUGACUGGGAUUCCAAUCCAAAAUGCACCUUUAAGAAAGCAGACGGUUCUGCAAUCAGCUUUGUAGACUACUACAAAAUGCAAUAUAACCAAGAAAUCACUGACUUGAAUCAACCAGUUUUGGUCAGUCAGCUGAAGAGGAGGAGAGGACCUGGAAUGCCAGGACCUGCAGUACUCAUUCCUGAGCUGUGCUACCUCACAGGAUUGACUGAUAAGAUGCGUAGCGAUUUUAAUGUAAUGAAAGACUUGGCUGUUCAUACAAGACUGACACCUGAGCAAAGACAGCGUGAAGUUGGAAGACUCAUUGACUACAUUCACAAGGAUGAUAAUGUUCAGAAGGAACUUCAUGACUGGGGUUUGAGUUUUGAUUCCAAUUUACUAUCCUUUACGGGAAGAGUUGUUCAAGCAGAAAAAAUUCAUCAAGCAGGAAAAGUGUUUGACUACAAUCCGCAAUUUGCAGACUGGUCAAAAGAAACUAGGGGAGCUCCCUUAAUUAGUGUAAAGCCACUGGAUAACUGGCUGCUAAUAUACACACGGCGCAAUUAUGGUGCUGCCAAUGCACUAGUUCAAAAUCUAUUUAAAGUCACACCAGCCAUGGGCAUCCAAAUGAACAAGGCAAUCAUGAUUGAAGUAGAUGAUAGAACAGAAGCUUAUUUGAGGGUCUUGCAACAAAAGGUUACCUCUGACACACAGAUAGUAGUUUGCCUUCUAUCCAGUAAUCGUAAAGAUAAGUAUGAUGCUAUCAAGAAAUACUUAUGUACUGAUUGCCCAACUCCAAGUCAGUGUGUGAUAGCUCGCACUCUAAGCAAGCCACAAACUGUAAUGGCUAUAGCAACGAAAAUUGCUUUACAAAUGAACUGCAAGAUGGGUGGAGAGCUCUGGAGUGUUGAAAUCCCAUUGAAACAAGUUAUGAUUGUGGGAAUUGACUGUUAUCAUGACACUACAGCUGGGCGGCGAUCAAUUGCAGGAUUUGUUGCUAGCCUGAAUCAGGGAAUGACACGGUGGUUCUCUCGCUGUGUCUUCCAAGAGCGUGGACAAGAACUUAUGGAUGGACUCAAGGUCUGCUUGCAAGCUGCUUUAAGAGCCUGGUUCAGCUGCAAUAACCAUAUGCCUUCUCGCAUUAUCGUGUAUCGUGAUGGUGUAGGAGAUGGUCAGCUAAAAACCUUGGUUAACUACGAAGUACCCCAGUUUUUGGAUUGCUUGAAAUCUGUUGGAAAAGAUUAUAACCCCAAACUUACAGUAAUAGUGGUGAAGAAACGAGUGAAUACUAGGUUCUUUGCACAGGCUGGUGGAAGACUUCAGAAUCCACCCCCUGGUACAGUUAUUGAUGCAGAGGUUACCCGACCGGAAUGGUAUGAUUUUUUUAUUGUGAGUCAGGCUGUGAGAAGUGGUAGUGUUUCACCAACCCACUACAAUGUAAUCUAUGACAACAGUGCAUUGAAACCAGAUCAUAUGCAACGUUUAACUUACAAGCUCUGCCACAUGUACUAUAACUGGCCAGGUGUCAUCAGAGUGCCUGCUCCUUGCCAGUAUGCCCAUAAACUGGCUUUUCUUGUGGGUCAGAGCAUUCACAGAGAACCUAAUCUGUCACUCUCAGACCAUUUAUACUACCUUUGAGCUACAGAAGUGGAUACUGGAUACAGAAGUGGAUGAAGUUUGUGGGACUUUCUAUGGUACCUGUUUUUCUUUCUUUCUUACUGAAGUUGUAGUUUUCUACAAAACUUUUUUGGUGUAAAUAUAGUAAAUGUGCAUGGGAAAAAUGCAUAACUUUGCACAAGGGUAGUGUUUUCAUUGUAGACAAAACUAAAAUAGCAUAAAAAGGCAAUUAAGUUCAACUACCUUUUUAAAUUGACAAGGCAAAGUUAAUAUCUUCAUAUAGCCUACAUGCUGAUCUAAAAGCAUUUUCCGUGUGUAUGUGUGUUAGGUUUUUUUGGCAGGGGAAGACUACAGCCAUCACAGUUGCUCUUGUGGGAAUCUGUGCUUAUGUGUACUUCAUGAUUUGAAUACACUAAAUAUAAGUUGCACUAAGCUAAACCAGACUUCUUUGGUUCCUGUACUAAUUGUUGACUUCUUAAAGCUAGAUAUGGCUAUCAAGUAUAUUGAAAAAAGGCAAGAUGUUGACCCUUAAAUUUUGCAUACCAGCUGUCUCCU